AUGCUGGUACGUGGAACUAGAAGAAGUAUCGUAAGAUUAGCUCAAUCGCCAAUUGCGAGAGCUACAUGCGUGCGUUUGAAUAGCACUACUCCAGCUACUCCAGUGGAUUCCAAAAUUGCCAAAAUCGUGCAGGACAUUUCUCAAUUGACGCUUUUGGAAACUAGCUCUUUGAUCGGUGAGCUUAAGACCCAGCUAAAUAUUCCAGACAUCGCUUUGCCCGUCGCAGGAGCAGCUCCAGCCGGUGGAGCGGCCCCAGCUGCUGCCGAGGAGGCCAAGGAAGAAGAGGUCAAGGAGGAAAAAACCAUAUUUUCUAUUAAACUUGAGUCAUUCGACCCUAAAUCUAAGCCAAAGGUUAUCAAGGAGGUUAAAAACCUACUGGGAUUGUCGUUGGUGGAGGCUAAAAAAUUCGUGGAGGCUGCCCCUAAAAUCCUUAAGGACAAUGUGGCAAAAGAAGAUGCCGACAAGAUUAAGUCUGCUUUGGAGGCAUUCGGCGCCAAGGUCAUUUUGGAAUAA